AUGGGUGAAAUUCCAGCUGAGACGACCACUUCCAACACUCCAAUUCGAUUGGACUUUGCUAGCCCUUUUUACCUGCAUCCUUCAGAAAGUGCAAGUUCUACCUUGCUUCAUGUUGUUUUCGAUGGAACUAGCUACAGGACAUGGAAACGCGUUGUUCUUAGGGCUUUAUUUGUUAAGAGUAAAACUAGAUCCAUCAAUGGCAAAGUCGUGAGGCCAGAUCCUGCAGAUCCAACCUUCAUGCAGUGGAAAAGGUAUCUGGGAGAUAAAUUGCAAUAUGUCAACAAUGCCAAGGAGCUUUGGGAGGAAUUGGAGGUUAGAUAUGAUCAGACAAAUGGUUGUAAUCUUUAUCAACUACAAAAGGAGAUUAAUGAUCUUGUACAGGGAACUCUAGAUGUCACUAGUUAUUAUACCAAAAUGAAGAAAUUAUGGGAGGAAAUGAACACUCUUGAUUCAAUUAUCAGUGUACUUGUGUGUGUGUGUGUUUGUGAUGGAAAAAUCAAAAUGCAUAAGGCUGAAAAAGAUAGAAGACUCAUACAUUUUCUGAUGGGCUUGAUCGAGAUGUACAGUGUCAUACGUGGGAACAUCCUUAUGCUGACUACUCUACCAACUAUGGCACAAGCAUUUUCCAUACUAUCACGGAAGGAAAGGCAAAGGGAGGUGAAGCCCCUCAAUCACAUGGCCUUAGAAUCCACUUCUCUAAAUGCCUCUGCCUCACCUCAGCACAAUGUAUCACUACAACAAAUUCAGCUUACAACCACUCUAAUUCUUGACAAUGUUUGA